AUGAAGCUUCCGGCCGCGUCUUGGACGCCCAGGAGAGCAACGCGGCGUUCUACCCAAUGGAGGUACUUCGGCGUUCGACACAGCCAUGUCUCUUCGACACAAAGGAUCUCCGAUUUCUGGAUUCCUACCGUCAACGUACAAAAGCACGAUGCCACACCUGACGCCACCCAGCUGCUCAUCCGGGCUGGCUAUCUUCGCCAGGCCUAUGCCGGGAUUUUCCAGAUGCUCCCCCUGGGGCUGCGGGUGCAGGAAAAGCUCGAACGGCUCAUCGACAAGCACAUGAGAUCUGUCAAAGCCUCAAAAGUCUCUCUGUCGUCCAUAUCCUCGCAAGCUCUGUGGGAGAAAUCGGGACGCCUGAAACACGGGGGCGAAAUGUUCUUGUUCAAAGACCGGAGGGAUACGGAGUGGCUGUUGGCACCGACUCAUGAAGAAGAAAUCACCACCUUACUCUCCGAAAUCAUUCAGACAAAACAACAACUCCCGGUCCGACUGUACCAGAUUGGUCGAAAAUACCGUGACGAGAAGCGCCCUCGUGGCGGCCUGCUUCGGGGCCGCGAAUUUCUCAUGAAAGACCUAUAUACUUUCGACUCCACCCCUGCUCAUGCUCACGUAACGUACGACCAGAUAAGAGGCGCAUAUCGCAACUUCCUUGACGAGCUGAAGAUCAAAUACGUCGAGGCGAGAGCUGUUUCUGGCGACAUGGGGGGAAACCUCAGCCAUGAGUACCACUUCCCGAACUUCGCUGGGGAAGACAUUGUCAUUACAUGUUCGGAAUGCGACUAUGCACACAAUGAAGAAUUUGUUUCGCAACCAGUGUAUCCACCAAGACCGCUUGAAGUAUCCAAUAUUGCAGCGGAUGGCAACUCGGGAAAGAAAUAUAUUGAAGAGCACUUUCUCAGCACCGACCGUCUCAGUCUUGUACGUGCCAUUGGUCCUUCACUGCCCAGCGGAAUCGCUCAAGAUAAAGCCGUAGUGCGAUCCAUCAAUGCACAUGCGGUCAAGGCAGCUCUCAACGGUGUCUUGACCAUAGAUACAGGGCUGGAACAACCCACCGAAACUUUCAAGGAGUCUGUAGCCAGUGCCACGACGGAUGGUUCAAAGGAAAAGCUGGCAAUAUACUAUGUCCUCGACUCGCGUGUCCGGCUGGACGACAUCAGCGACCUGAUUGCUUCACCUCCCAUGAACCAAGAAAUUGACGCAUAUGUUAUUGAGGCUCCGCAGAAUGACAAAACCGGUGGCAUCAACUUGCUGAACCAGCAAUCGGGGGAUCCUUGUCCAGAAUGCGGAAAUGGCAAGUUGAGCGUGGACAAGGCGAUCGAGAUCGGUCACACCUUCCACCUCGGCACCCGUUACAGUUCUAAGCUUGGUCUUGUCGCCAGGCUGAGCGAUGGGAAAGAAGCGGUGCCCGUGGAAAUGGGCUGUCACGGCAUCGGCGUAUCUCGCUUGAUUGCAGCAGUCGCAUCGUGUCUCUCCGACGAUGUUGGUCUCAAUUGGCCAAGAGCUAUUGCGCCUUUCGAAGCCGUCGUUGUUGUUCAGCCAUCCCACGCCGAGAGGCUGCGUGCUGCCGAGCAGCUUUGUAGUCAACUGUCCUCUUCGGACUUGGGCAACGUCGAUGUCGUCCUCGAUGACCGACAAGAGCAAGGCAUGGGCUGGAAGCUAAAGGAUGCGGAUGUCAUUGGAUACCCUGUCAUAGUGGUUGUGGGCAAAGGCUUUGAUCAGGGGAAGGUCGAGGUGCAGUGCCGCAGGCUGAAGGUCAAAGAGGAGGUCGACAUCAGCGACGCAGUCGGGUUCGUGCAUGAUCUGCUGAAGCAGCUUUGA